AUGCCAUGUCCACCGUCUCUCUUCAAAUUGGUGCAAGCCCACCGCGGGUACUCCGAUUUGGAAGAGGGGGACGAAUACCGGCUGCAAGAAAUCCACAAAUUCUUUGCAGAGUCUCGGAUCUCUUCUCGCACCGGCAGGUGUUUCACAAUUCCGUGGAACCGUGACUGGUUUGAAACUGGCGUUAGCGGCCAGACCUGGUGGCGACCUCAAGAUCAGCAAGAGCUGCAGAAGCUUUUCUGCUAUGUGACCUUUCUUAAUCAGGUUGGAAUCCCCUCGCUUCUUUGUGAGCCGCAACCUGAGGGCAGUCCACAUGAGCCUGUGAGGCCCUUCAUCUAUGUCAACAUGCCCAUCAACCUGUCAGCGAUCCCGGAGGACCACGAGUACUACCGCAUGGAACGAGUGGCAAAGGAGAUGCGAUUGAUCCCUGAGGCUUUGAAACGCGACUUCAUAAGUCCCAUUGUCAAGGCUUUUGUCAGAUCAUGCAUCAUGAUGAUCGAGGGUAUGACUUCUUCCUCGAACCUAGUUGUGGUUUUGGAUUCAUCUGGCUGGAGCCAUAUGGAUUCGGGGUACAAGCUGUCCUUCCGCGUGGUGUGUCCAGAAGUGGCAGUGACCCUAUCAACUGCCUUCAAAAUCAGAGAAAAGGUGGCGUUCUCUUUGCGAGGGGACAUGGAGUCAACGCCGUGGCUGGAUCAUGACAACUUCGAUGUCGAGAAGAUGAUCCCAAAGGAGGCGUUCGCUCCGGAUAUGCUACACCCGCUCACCUAUUGCUACUGGUCAGGGCACUACAAGUUGGAGAGGCGCUGGCUCAGGCCAUUUGGCCUGUUGCAAGUACUGCACGCGCACGGAAGAUGGGAGAUUGACCCCUUGCGCACCUGGGCAGCGGAGUUGAAGAAGGAAGACUGGAUCAAACUAGGCUCUCCAUGGCCAAAGACCAGGCAGUGCAGAAUAGAACGGCAGGAUGUGGUGGAGGAAUGCUAG